UCUACUCGGUUGAUUUAGCAUUUCAGCCUUUCAGGUGAUGGCUUCCCGCGUCAACAUUUGCUCAGUUGAAAUACUGGACAAUCCAUCUACGUUCACUGCACAAUUCAAACUCGAAAUCACUUUUGAAGUCUUCGAAUACCUCCCUCAUGACCUCGAAUGGGAACUGAUUUAUGUCGGUUCAGCCAAGUCAAGUUCCUAUGAUCAGGUUCUUGAUUCAGCACUUGUUGGACCUGUGCCAGAAGGCAGACAUAAAUUUGUUUUUGCGGUAGACGCUCCGGAUCCAGCAAAAAUCCCCAUUCAAGACCUUGUUGGGGUUACCGUAUUACUCCUCAGAUGUAAAUAUAAUGGGCAGGAAUUUAUAAAUCUGGGAUGGUUCGUGUCUAACGAUUAUGAAGAUCCGGAGCUGAAAGAGAAUCCACCAGCGAAGCCGAUUAUUGAGAAACUAACUCGUACGGUACAAAUAGAUGACCUUCGUGUAACCUCAUUCCCAAUAAAAUGGGAUGAGAAUCAACCUGAUGAAUAUCCACCCGAGCCAGAACAGGCUGAAAUAGACGAAGCGGAAUUGCUUCCUCUUGAAGAUGUCGACGACGAGGAGGAGAAACAAGAGGAAGAGGAAGAGGGCGAAGGUAACGAGGGCGAUGUCGAUUUGGAGCAGAGUAUGGAGAAUGAUGAGGCAAAGGAUGAAGACGAAGAGGAGAAGAUCGAUGAAGCAGAGGUUGAUAACGAAGGUGAAGGAGACGAACAGGAUAAAGCUGCAGAGGAUGUGGAAAUGACCGAAGAUACGCCGGAAAGUUCAGGAAACACUUCAGCAGCGGAAAAUGUCACCGAAACCGAUUCCACGAGCAAAGAGGGUAAAAGCGAGGCUAAAGAAGCUGGUGAUGCCCCAUUUUCUGAUGUAACAAAUGAUGCACAAGUAGCUCAGUAGGCUAUUUCGCCAUUAUGCGUUCACUUCCGGUACAGUACAUGAUACGGUCUUUCUUUUGAGAACCUAAUCGCUUCCAUAUCAUCACUUAUUCCAUCAUAACGCAUCACAGGAUUCG